AUGGCCUUCAGCAUCACGUAUCUCCUCGCUAUCACCUUCGCCUUCGUCUCCCUGUCUCUCACUGCCAGUAUUCCGGGUCUUAAGGCAACCACUGAUCCUGCCAUCUUCUCAGGUUAUGGUUCCAAUUAUACCUCAGGAAAGAUGACAUUCAACGGCACAAUUCACGGCGUUGACUUCGAAAUGAAUGGCACUGCACAGGAAAUAUACGCUCGGUUCACAGCUUCAUAUCCUGAGAUCGUUGCUCUGCAUCCCCCGGAGAAGCAAAACGACACAUAUGCAGCCUUUGACAACAAUCCUGUCAAUCUUGACAAGCGAAGCAAGAUGCUACCACCUUUGUGCAUCCCAGUUGCUGGCCAAAAUUGGCAAUGGACCCUGUAUUCGCCGAUUGAUGCUGGCAUUAAGUAUCUCAAGAACCUUCAGGGUGGGUGCGCGGUUGGGGCAAGAAGCUGUGUCCGAAUCAGCUGCUCUUACAACGGGGCCAUCUAUCUGUGCAAUGAUAACAAUUACGCUAUCGCCCCAAGUUGUUACUACCUCGCAACAUAUGCGGAAGAUAUAUCUCGUGAUUGCUGGAUCCGUUGGCACUGGAAGGCAUAUGUCGGAGGGCAGGAAUUCGAUACGGAUAACUAUAAUGUGGUAGUAAGGCUGGACGUUGAUGGGAAGCAGACGCGCGAAGCAGAAUAA